ACAUGAGCACCGGGGGCCUGCACUUUUAGGGCAGUAGCCGUGUAGGGCACAAGGGCGACGAGCGGAGGAUGGCGGUGAGCAUGGGGAAACUUCGCUGGGGGGAGCUCGAGGACGACGCCGAGGAUCUUGAUUUCCUGCUGCCUCCGCGCGUCGUGAUCGGGCCGGACGAGAACGGGGUGAAGAAGGUGAUCGAGUACCGGUUCGACGACGCGGGCAACAAGGUGAGGGUGACGACGACGACGCGCGUCCGCAAGCUCACGCGCGCACGCCUCAGCAAGCGCGCUCUCGAGCGCCGGUCGUGGCCCAAGUUCGGCGACGCCGCCCACGAGGACGUCGGUGCCCGUCUCACCAUGGUCUCCACCGAGGAGAUCCUCCUCGAGCGACCCCGCGCUCCGGGCAGCAAAGCGGACGAACCGAAGGCUGCAGGUGAUCCAUUUGCUGCCAUGGGCAAAGCAGGCGCUGUUCUGAUGGUUUGUAGAACUUGCGGUAAGAAGGGUGAUCACUGGACAUCCAAGUGCCCAUACAAGGACCUGGCUCCGCCGACCGACACCUUCCUUGACAAGCCCCCAGGUGCUGAAGCUGCAGCCUCUCCUGCUGGCCCCGGGAAGAACACGUAUGUGCCACCCAGUAUGAGAGCUGGUGCAGAGAAUCGUGGGACAGAGAUGAGGCGCCGUAACGAUGAGAACUCUGUUCGUGUGACCAAUCUAUCAGAAGACACCCGGGAGCCGGACUUGUUGGAACUCUUCCGUACUUUUGGCCCCGUGACUCGAGUCUAUGUUGCUGUGGACCAGAAGACCGGAGCCAGCCGAGGAUUUGGCUUCGUCAACUUUGUCAACCGGGAUGAUGCGGAGAAAGCUAUCAACAAGCUUAAUGGCUAUGGCUAUGACAAUCUUAUCCUACGAGUUGAAUGGGCAACUCCAAGGCCAAAUUAAUCGGGUGAGCCAGGUGGUUCUCAAGAGGAAAUGAAGGGGCUCACAACCCAUUGAAAGGCCUCCACGAUCAUCUUCUCCGAUCUCGAUUCAGUAAUACUUUUGAGGUUCACCACUGCAUUAUUGAGUUGCCACUCUCGGAUGCAUUUGAUUUGGUAAUACUUUA